AUGUCAGCCGCCAUUGAACAGCGGAAUCAAGAUGCAACUGUCUACGUUGGUAACUUGGAUGAUCGUGUGAGUGAAGAAUUAUUAUGGGAAUUAAUGCUUCAAGCUGGUAGUGUUUCCAAUGUCCAUAUGCCACGUGAUAAAGUAACUGGUAGUCAUCAAAAUUACGGGUUUGUGGAAUUUCGUUCCGAAGAAUGGAAUUUAGAUCCAGAGGUGGAUGAAAAGCUACUGUAUGAUACAUUUUCAGCAUUUGGUGGCAUUAUUGAGACUCCAAAGAUCAUGCGUGAUCCAGAGACAAAAGGAUCAAGAGGGUUUGGUUUUGUCAGUUUUGAUUCCUUUGAAGCAGCUGAUUUAGCAAUUGAAUGCAUGCAUGGACAAUAUUUAUGCAAUCGUCAAGUUGUGGUACAAUAUGCCUUCAAGAAAGAUAGUCAAAAUGAACGCCAUGGAUCAGAAGCUGAAAGACUGUUAGCACAGAGGAAUCCAAAUAAAUUAAAACCUCAUACAAUGUUUGCUUUUACCGCAGCAGGAGGGGGACCAGGUAUACCAGGACAAUUUAAUCAGGGAGGAUACAUGAUGGACAUGGGAAUGAUGCCACCGCCACCACCACCACCACAAAAUUUAGGCAUGGGGAUGACGUAUCCACCACCACCAGUAGCGAUGAUGGGGGUGCCACCGCCGCCACCGCCACCACAAAUGAGAUAG